AUGAGACUGCUAACACAUAACAUGCUGUCAUCGAACAUAAAGGGUGUGGUGAAUGGAUUUCCAUUACGCAUUGAAGCAGAGAAAGUGGUGGAAAAAACGGUGGAAAUGAAUGGCGACUUUCUGAAAAAAAUGUUUGAGAAGGUUGAUUGGAAGGCUUUUGUUGAUGCCUCACGGGCCAUGGGAUACAAUGAACUACCUGAGGAGGCCGAUCCUUCCAUGCUGGAUUCUGAUGAAUUUCUGAACAAUUUUCACCAUGCACUCUUGGAACUCCACCUUGAGGAAGGGGCUCUUGUUUGCCCUGAGACUGGUCGACGCUUUCCCGUCACGAAGGGCAUUCCAAAUAUGCUUCUUCACGAGGAUGAAGUCUGA